GCGGGCACCGAGUCGUCUGGCAAGACUGCGGGCACCGAGUCGUCUGGCAAGACUGCGGGCACUGAGUCGUCUGGCAAGACUGCGGGCACCGAGUCGUCUGGCGGAACAGCGGGCAUCGAGUCAACUGGCGGAACAGCGGGCACCGAGUCGUCUGGCAAGACUGCGGGCACCGAGUCGUCUGGCAAGACUGCGGGCACCGAGUCGUCUGGCAAGACUGCGGGCAUCGAGUCGUCUGGCAAGACUGCGGGCACCGAGUCGUCUGGCAUUGGAUCGUCUGGCUCGACAGCGGGCAUCGGGUCACCAGGCAUCAGGUCAUUUGGCUCGCCAGCGGGCACCGCGUCAUCUGGCAAGGCAGUGGGCACCGAGUCACCAGGUACGACAGCGGGCUCUGAGUCAAUUGGCACGACAGCGGGCACCGGAUCAGGUACCGGAUCAUCUGGAUCAACAGCGGGCAUCGAGUCAACUGGC